UCUCUGUGUUGUUCAGCACUAACGUGAAAUAUUCCCUCCGCUGCUCUCAUUGUGCAUCGCAGAGCCGGACGUCAUCAGCCGGCCAAUCGUUGGCUCCCACUAGGCAGCCACGGGUCUCGGUGGGAGGGAGUGGGGGCUGCUUUUGAAGGGAGAAGGCACUCUAAAAGUCUUCCCUCUUAAUAUCGUGCUCGUCUAGUUACUUGGCGCUGCCGCCACUUGGAAGAAACAUUGUGAAAGAGAGAGACAGUUUUGAUUUUUCUCAUAUGGUGGCCACAUGGCAAUUUUGGGAUUGAGCAAGCCUAAGAAUCAAAUUUUGGGACGUCUGAGCAGUCAAUUCUCAGAGGAUUUGAAUAAACAAGAAGGAGGUUGAAAAAUGACCUAAUUAGCAACCUGUGCUCUGCACAACCUGGGGCAAAUGUGUUCAUGGCACUCUCCCCAGUCGCAAGGCAGAUGCAUGCAUCACUGCACUUACAAUUAAAGUUCCCCUCAUUCCUCCUUGACAUCAGCCCAGUUAUUCCAUGGAUUCCUACAGCUUCCACUUUGAGAGAAUGAGCAACGUGGACCUGCAUCCUCUGAGCCUGCCCAUCACCCGGCUCUCCCCAGCCAAGUCCAACAGCAGCAUUGUAGAACAACUUGCCCACCACCAGCACGGCAAAGGAGACUCUGCCUAUAGCUCCUUCUCUGGGGGGUCCACUGCACCAGACUACCUGCCAUCACUUCACUUCCCGGAGGACCUGCAGUCCAACUCUUUCAGCCACUAUGCUGACCUUAAAUAUAUAAAGUCCAUUCAUCAUCCCUCCCAGGUUCUGCAUUCUAACGCAAAGACCAUGGACCAGUUGUAUCGUUCUAUGGAGGUGAUCUCACAGAACUAUCGCAACAGUACCUAUAACCACAAUGGCAAUGGCAGUUUCCAUACCAAUGACAAAGCAAUAUCAAAGGUGCAUUUUAGGGCUCCAUCCCAAGGUGAUUACCCUCCCAUUGGUCCUCCUCCAGUCCCAGCACGACAGGAUAGUUUCACAGCUACUAAAAACCUAGAAAACAGCAAGAGUCAACACAAUACUGAACCUCAAAAGCCCAGACCCCAUUAUCAUCACCAUCCACACCCCCACGGAGUGAUUGUCCACCAAAUGGGGACAGCUAAGCCAGGGUCAAGCACCUCUGUCAUCAGUCCAGAACUAGUGUACUCAGAUCGGAGGGCAGUGCCAGGAGCGGAGGUCCAGCAGCUGCCAAGCUACCGCUCUCAUGCUCCCUCUUAUGAACAAGACAGGAUGUCCAUGAACCCGCCCAAUCUUUUCAUCAUGGACAACAAAGCUUCCUCUGAGCAGCAGAAGUCUGUAAACUUUCUGAGACGAUCACCUCCCAAAGGUAUAAGCCAGUCUGAGCACCUGAAACCCAGACAUCCAUCAAGCGGGGGUGGGUGUAAUGGUGAGGAUCAUGGUAAUCCCGGUGAUGUCAGUAAUGAGUUUGAGAAUCCACGCAAAAGGGCGCAUUCCGCUUAUGAUUGGAUUGAGUCAGACCCAGCCCCUGUUUCUAGUCCUUGGAAUGCAGGUCAGACAGCCUUUAUCAACAGCAGCAUCCAGCAUAAGGGUCAGUUCUACUUUGUCACAGGAGUGUGUAAGCACUCUGAAGCCAGAAUGAGAACGUACUCUGCAUCUGUGAGUGGGUCUGAAGCUGUGAGUGAUUGCUCCACUGUAUUGGAAAGACCUCGACCAAAAGAGAGGGAAAGAUGUCACAGCACAAUGGAAAAUUUAUUUAUACCCAUUAAAGAGGUCCUGGAUGAGAAAGGCAGCCAGAGCAAGGACCUCAUACCAAGAAGUUCAGAUCAGGAGAAUCACAAACCCGCCCCCUUUUCAACACGGUCUUCAAAGAGUUGGGAUUCCUUUGAAGAAAUUGACACAGAGACUCAAGAGAUUGGGCGCCACACCACCACCAAUCCUAUAUUUUACUGUGGGCCUGAGAAAAACUCCCCACAUUCAACUUUACAAACAAAGGAAAUCCCCUCACUGGCCAUCAGUGAACCAUCCAACCAGCCAAAGCAAGAGGAGCAGGCAAAGAGGGGGAAAAGACAGCCACUGACAGAUGUAGGCAGUGAUAGAAUAAACAAAGAGACCACCCCGCUUCUCUACCAUCUCACUGAAGCUAACAGGACAACAAUGCAGUCACAAAAGGAUGCUGAAUUUAGUAUGAAUGAUAAAGAUGCUCCCCCAAAGAAAGCAUGUGUAAGAGAUGUGUCUAUAAAGAACGGGAAACCUAUGCAAGGGGAUGCGACCAAGAAUGAAACGGGGGGAGUCAACUCUGGUGCCUGCAACACCCUGGAUGACUCUUAUAAAAAAUACUACAAGGAGAAGCUGAAGGAUGCCCAGUCUAAAGUCCUGAAGGAGACGUCAUUUAAAAGAAGGGAUCUGCAACUGGCAUCAACCCAUUGCCCCAGGCCAAAACCUGAGCAGAGAUCUCCCAUGAUUCACUCUUUCUCCUCAUCACAAGAUUCUGAGACUUCCACAGACACCCUCACCCCAUCAGUGGCCUCUGAUGAGACAGAAAGAGGGACCAUAGUGGAAGAGGUGAGGCAGAGUCCUAAACAGAACACAGAGACGGUAAGAGAAAAUAGGAUGUCUGCAAAUGUGGCCCAGCCCCAGGUGGCGACACGAAUCGGGGGCCGAAAGCGAUUGACUCCAGAGCAGAAAAAGAUGUGCUACUCUGAACCGGAGAAGCUCAACCGGCUUGGUGGUGGCCCCAGCCACUCGGCUUGUCGCUCCUUUAGCAACGAAAGUGACGUGCUGCUUGCAGUGGACAGUGAGUGGCAGGAUCACGUGCACCCAGGAGAGCAAGGACUGGUGGCAGCACGUAGGAAGUUGUUUGAGACUCGGUGUCGCGCCCUCUCUGCCUCUAGCGCUUCAAGGACAAAUCUGAAGCACCUGCAACAUAAGGCACUAGUGGCUUACAUGGAGCGCAAGACAGGCCAGAAAGUGGCGGAACCCCAGCUACCGGGUCCUCAGCAACCAAUACCCCCCAGACAGAGGCACUCUCUGGGAGAGAAACCAUUUGACUGGGGUCCCAGGCCUUUAUCAGCAAGUACUGAGAGCAGUCACCCCAGAAAGAAACUUAACAGACCCCAAUCUGCAGGACGCAUCCUUGAUUCCUCCACAAGCUCCAUCAGGUAUGCCCAGUUUUUCUCAGCACAACCAUCUACAGGCCAACCCCCAGGGCAAUCAAACCAACACAGAUGGAAGGAAAGACAGUAUCUAUCCCAUGGCAAGUAUGCCUCUGUGGAGAGUCUCUUGGACCAACCAGAAGCCCCUACAAUUUUCAGGAACAGAUCCACAUCCACACCACAUGCAUUUCAGGCCCAGGACUAUAAAAAUGAUCCAGAGACAGUUAAUUCUACCGAAGCCUGCAGUGUCCACAAGAGUAUGGGCUCUGCACUGAGCUCAACGCCUGAGGCCCAACAGCAAAUCCGUGUGAUAGCACAGAGGGGGAAGUCCAUGGAAGAACUCGAGGCAUUCAAGUUAACAAGGAUGUCAGCUAUGAGUAAGAGUUCUGAGCAACUGGAUCAAGCGUGCCGAGACAUCAGGAACGUUUCAUUCCUCGCUGAGGUCAGGGAAGCUCAGGGGAAGGAAUUGGGGAGGAAGAAUUAUGGGUUGAAUCCAGCGGAGAAAACAGACAUUUCUGACCUGAAGGCACAGACACAAAUCGAUACACAGAAAAAGUCCAGCUUGAAGCAUAACUCCGACCCAGCGCUGGUAGAUGGGGAGGAUGUUGGACUUAACCCCACAACAGGAAGAAGAACCUUAAGUGGAUCCCACUCCCCGACUUCUUGCUCGUCCUCAAGGGGCAAAAGACAAUCUUCUGGAUCUCGCAGUCCUCCCACAGAUAAGUUCCUGUCUAGCAAACCUCCCAUUGAGGCACCUUCCUACAUGCAUUCCUGUGGAGACCCAGAGACCAUUGAGAAGGAGGUCCUGUCUACUUUGUCCUCCACCACACAGAUAAAACAACCUUCUGAAAACAGACCAAGCUCCAGGGGUAUCCGAAGUUCUUCUGAACAGUCAGUGGUUGAAGCAGGCAAAGAUGCCCAUAAAGUGUCAUUGAGCUGCGGUGUGACCACAGAUCUGUCCUUGUGGAUCCUCCCUUCAGAGGAGGAACAGCCCAAAGAGGACGUACAGACGCCAGACUCUGUUUUCGACGAACCUGCCAUUUUGCACCUUCCUUGUCAGACGAGCGAAACCUCGGUGUCUGCCUGCGUAUCGGUUUAUGAUCAGCAGGUUGCAAAUGAGAAAAAUUCCAAGACAGAAGAUAAGGAGUCCAGAGAGAAUGAGGAGCUCGAGGAGAAGCAUACACCAGAGGGAGAAACGGAGAACUUGGAGAGUCCUACCAAGAGACCGCAAUGGGAGGAGCUGGUUGAGGCCGUGGUGAAGGCAGACCAGUCGCUGGCCCCCGCUCUCUAUCCUCUAGCCAAUCGUAAGACAGCGCUUAUGCUGAUGGAGCAACUGCUGUCUGAGGACACGCUGCUGAUGGAGGAGCACUAUAAGAAGAAACAGGAGCAAAAGGGAGCUGAAGAAAGUUGCGAGACCGAGCCACCUCUGUCAACCGAUGGCCUUAAAGCUGCAAACAGAGAAGUCCGUAGUACUGUUGACCUCACUGACAAGAAGAGCGUGCUGGUGUGCUACAUCGAGGAGCGUCUGCGUUCACUGGAGGAGACGCGGGGCGUCCUCCAAGCGGAGAUCCAGGAGAACGUAGCCCACGGUGAGGCUCUGGAGGCUUUGGUCCACGAGCGAUGUCUGCCCCUGGAGUUGGAGAGGUACAACCUGUUCAUUGGGGACCUGGAGAGGGUGGUAAACCUGCUUCUGUGCCUCUCCGCCCGGCUGGCCAGAGUCCAGAAUGCCCUGAGCACGGUGGACCAGGACACGGACGUCGAGGAGAAGCAAUCUCUGGACAGCCGUCACCGUCUGCUGUGCAAGCAGCGGGAGGACGCCAAAGACCUAAAGGACAACCUGGACCGACGGGAGAGCCUGGUGUCCACCUUCCUGUCCCGCCAGCUGAGUGCUGAGCAGGUGCGCGACUACCGGCGCUUCGUGCAGACCAAGGCCUCGCUGCUCAUCCGUCACAAGGACCUGGAGGAGAAGACGAGGCUCGGCGAGGAGCAGCUAGAGGCCCUCACCAAAAGCCUCCGUGUCUGAGGGGAGCCAUUUUCUUCAGUAGCGCUCACUGGUCUAAACCGGUUCGGACGAGCCGCUAAUCGCCCCCGCUUCCUGACACUUCUCAACCCCACUGUGCCUUGACUUCAGCGUCGCUCCGGCUGACUGGAGUUCAUCUGCAGUUCUCCUCUUCGUCUACAGGGGGAGCCCCCUAGUCUUGUUCACACAGAAAACCUGUUAACAGAAGCUAUUCAUCAGACUCUCAUUUCUCUCAGCCGUCAGCCUUCAUCCCACAGACAUGCUCGCAAUCCCCUUCCUCCUUCCACUGGCCCCGCCUCCUACUCACUCAGCCAAUCACAAUUCACAGACACCUUCAUGGCCUCACAGACAGUAUUUAGAAAACGCUUUGAUUUAUAAAACAAUGCAUGUUUUGUGCGAAUUCAGAUGUCGCAAAACAAUUUAACUUUAACUGAAACAGUAAUACAUUUAAUCUUUAUAAGUUCCGCCACAAGAAAUUGUCUUUAAAACAAUCCAUCUUACGCAACUGCUGGUUUGCACCAGUCUGUGGUAGGUAUAGUAGCCACAAAUUGUACUCAAGUAAGAGUACUGUUACUUUAGAAUAAUAUGACUUAAAUCAAUUUAAAAAGUAGUCCUCAAAGUAAUUACUUAAGAGUAAGUAUUCAGAUUUUUAAAAAAAAACUACUCAAGUUUUGAGUAACUGAUGAGUAAUUUCUGCUUGUCUUUAAAAUAACUAUGUCUACCCUCAUGAACAUCGUUAUAGGGUCACCAAGCAGUUCAUGUGUCUGUCUGGCUCCGUUUGAUUGGUCAAAUGGAGUCAAACGUCACUAGUAGUUCUAUUGGAUUGGUCAAACAGAGUUAUGUGACAUUGCACAAGGCGGAGGUCUUUCUGACAUAGCAAAACAUUUACAUCACGCAAGCAAUAGUAGAUUGAUAAAAAUAAAAGUAGUGAGCGGAAUGUAGCUUCAUGUAACAAAGUAAAAGGACCAGUUCUUUUUUCUUUUUGUAAAAUAAUCUAGUAAAAGUAAAAUAUUUGUUGCAUUAAAACUACUCUGACAAGUACAAUUAUUCCGAAAUAUUACUAAGGUAAAUGUAAUGGAGUAAAUGUAGCACGUUACUACCCACCUCUGGCUCCACUUCACUACUGCAAAGAAUACUCUCCUCCAAUAAUUUUUAUUAAUAGCGAGUAGCUGUGUUACAUGAAUUGGUGUUAAGAAUUUUACAAGUUCUGACUGUGAGGCACUGAAGGUAUCUGAAUUUGAUUGGAUGAACAAGUCGGGGGGUGGGGCUUCGAGGACGACAGGGAGAGUGGGCAAUUUUGUGUUCGGAGGCACAGCGAGUUGACAACUGAAAAAAAAUAUCAACGACAUAAUCGAAGUCAACUCGACGAUCAUCACCUUAGCAUCAACGACAAAAAAAAAAAAUCUGAAGUCGUUGAAUCCCUACAGGGCCGCAGAAAUACGCCACCCUGCCUUUGUCAGGGCUCUGAUAGUACCAGAAUGUCGCCAGGUCAUCUUCGCCCACCCGUUCGUAGGGAAAGGUGGAAAAAUCCCCGGCUAUAGUGUAAAAUGAGGCUAUUGUUAUCUCAGCUUUAAGCAGCAUAGGAGAGUCACCUGUAGAUCAAGGCACUAAAAAAACCAAAAGAAAAGGUGCACGUCAACAACAAAAAAAGCACUUUGUAAACAAUACGUACGUAAAUGCACAUUUCUCCAUUUGAAAAUCAAACAGCCUUACUCCAUCCUACUAUGACACAUUUCUCUUCUUUGUCCACUAUUGUGAACAAGAUCACUGUCAUGUUGUUUGAAUUUUAGUUUUAAAGGUACGUUAAGGACUUUGUGCAAAUGCUGUUGUAGCAAAAAAGAAGAAAAAAGAUGAUUUCAAACUGCAUGCAGCGCUCUUAAAAAUGCAUCGUCACAGUGGAACCUUUGAAGUUGAAUGCUAUCUCUUCUGUUAUGCGAGUUGACUUCCAAGCUGUUCCACAAAACACAUUAUUACACAUUAUUAUUAUAUUUUUUUAUGGGAAGGCAUGUCAAAUGAAAUUGAUGGUAUCCUAACAUUUUUAUGAAGUGUAAGGCAAUGUUUUGAUUAACCUUAACAACCAUAAACAAGAACGACUGUACAAUAAAACUAAAACUCAAGCUCCUGUAUCUAGACAGGAAUCAGUUUUUGUUGACCAGCAUUUUAGCCAUUUUGCAUUCAGCUAUGUGUUAUUUACAUUAGCACUCACUUGGAGAAAUCAGUCUGUAUAAACUCUAUGUGAGUACGAUUUUAAUAAUUGAAUUGUGCAACGUUGUGCCGAGCAGUCAGACGCUCACUGUGUCGCAAUAAGUUGCACUUCCUGUUUUACGGUUAUCUUCACACCAUAAUUACCAAUUAUGGUGUGAAGAUAACCGAUAACCUUUUAUGACGUCACACACGAUUAGGGUUGGAACUUGCAUAGUUGAGACAAUUUUGGUUGAAUUCCAAAUUGUACUUCGGGGAUUCCACUCUAAUGAGUGUUCAACUUCAGGGGUUCCAUUCUAACGAUUGUUCAAAUUCUGGGGUUCAACUUCGAGCCUUCCACUCUAAUGAAUGUUAAACUUUGGGGGUUCUUUUCAAAUGAGUGGUCAACUUCAGGGGUUCCACUCAAAUGUUCAACUUCAGGGUUCCACUCUCAUGAAUAUUCAGUUUCUGGGAUUCCACUGAAAUGAAUGAGAUUUUGUCACCUCCCCUGUCCAUUGAAUUCUUGAUACUUGAACUGGAGAUCUUGACAAACCUAGUUACUCACAGAAUUCCGUCAUUAUAAUUUUUGAAAUCAUGUUUUAACAUUCACGAAAGUCUGAGCCGACACGUCCGAUUUGUACUUAAGUGAUGUUUGUUCAACAUCAGGAACAUGUGCAGUGUGUGUUUGUGUGAAUGUAGUGUGCGCGUAAACGUUUUUGCUGUGGUAGGUUUUCAACAAUAUUCAUGUUUGUCAUGAAUGAAUCUGAACUCUGAUCAUCCCUCAGGAAAUGACCUGAAAGGAAAACGCACUCAUCCAAUGUGUGCUGUGGACUAUUUUGUAUCAUAUAUUUAUGUUUUAUGGUUUUUGUUGAAGCCGCAAAGUGGAUUCCGCAUCCCCUCCAUCUUGUUUCCCAGUGGGAAGUUUUGCAAAACAAAUCUUGUUUGUUUUGGCCCACUAACACUUUUCUUUUUCACUGUUACUUAGUUGUGACGUGGUCUUUCUUAACGGGGCAGAGACGUUUCACUUAUUUUAAUGACAUCACAAAUGCUUCCAACACCCCCCCCCCCCCCCCCCCCCCCCCCCCGCUGCUGAGUCACACGUGCCUGUUUGGAGUUGUAAAUUCCACUUUGUUUGUCUUACUGUCAAUAAAUUAAGAACCUUCCCCCAUUAAA